UUUCAUCGGUUGAUAAAAAACCUUAGUUUCAAAGCCGUCAAAUUAAAAUUCUGUUUACGUUUAUCUUUUAAGCUCAAAUUCUUCCAAUUUUUUAUAAACUUUGAUAAAAUGAAUAAUACAAGUUACUGGACAAACAAUACAUCUAGAUCUUCAGAUCGAGCAAAUUUACUUUCAGGUGGUAGUAACAGUGAUUCUUUCCUCUCAACAGGAAGGAAAAUAAAACAUCAUGAUAUAAAUACGAAUAAUACAUUUGAACAACAAAAUGAUUUAAGAUUGCAAGAUUUAAGUUCAAAAUUAUCCAGUUUACACAAAAUCACACUUGAUAUUCAUAAUGAUGUUAAUGACCAAGUUAAUAAUGUCCUUGAUGAAUCGGGAAAUUCAUUUACAUCACUUAGAGGAGGCUUAAACGGAACUGUGGGAAAACUUAAACAUAUGACAUCGAUAAGACACAGACAACAUUUGUGUUAUUUAAUUCUUUGUAUUAUAGGAGUAUUUUUCUUGCUGUAUAAUUUUUGGGGAUUUUGGAGUAGAGAAAACGGGGAUGAAAUUGGGAUGGCCAGAGAUUUUAAUGAUAACAAUGCACGGAAUGAUGUAUGAUAAAUAGAUUAAAGACAGGCCGAAGGAAAAAAGAUAAUAUCAAAAAACUUUGUAAAAAUAAUUCAAAUACUGUUAUUUAAUAUUUGUAGAAUUACUAUUAUCGUAAGAAAUUAGUUUAAUAUAUCAUAUUUAAUUAAUGUAGUUUAAUAAAUCCCAACUUGUAUUACGUAGACUACACAAGGUAGAUCUUUUAUGAAUCUGACCAAUAGCCA